AGUGCAGACGUAUUCAAAGGUGAAGCCGCUCUACAUAUUAUAACAUCUGCUUAACGUUUAAACCUUGAAUAGACUAGUCCUGUUUUAUCUGAUGAAUUCUGGAAAGCAGCAAAGCCAGAAGUUUUGUUGGUUAAUGUAGACAUCUGGUGGGGACACCAGCAUCCAAAACCAACUGGGACAUUUGCAAGUUUGUUCAUUUCCUUGUAAUAAUUAUUUUUGCAGGGGUCAACAUGUGGUUCUGGAUGCUGCUCUUGGUUUCUCUGGCCUUGUCCACCACCUCAUCGAGAGCUCGGGAGUGGGCCCAUCAAGGAGCCAUGAUGUACGCCGAUCUCAAUCCUCGUGAGAUGAACGCCGUGAGAGACUACCUGUACUCCUUCAGCGAGCUGGGCCUCACCUCAGCCCUGGACAAGUCUUUAAUGAAGAACAGCAUCCUUCUUAUGGAGCUUCACGUCCCUCGCAAACACGAGGCCUUGCGAGCUUUGGACAGGGGUCAGGCCAAACCUCUGCGUCAGGCACGCGUGGUGGUGCAGUUCGGCAACCAGGCCAAACCCAACGUGACGGAGUACAUUGUCGGCCCCCUGCCUUUCCCGUGUUCUUAUCAGGCGAAGACUUUUAAAGGUAACCGUCCGAUCCGCUUUGAGUCUAGGCCGAUUACUGUCGUGGAGUACGAGCACCUGCAUACAUUUUUGGAGAAAGUUGCAAGUAAAGUCAAUAAGAUUCUGCAAGAGAGCAGCGGAUUCACCUACGGAAACUGCACUGACCGCUGUCUGACAUUCUCAGACAUUGCACCUCGUGGGUUAGCGCCCGGCGAGAGGAGGACGUGGGUCAUGUUGCAGAAGUUUGUGGAGGGUUAUUUUAUUCACCCGGUGGGCUUUGAGAUCCUCAUUAACCAUAAGGAUUUGGAUCCUGUGAAGUGGACGGAGGAGAAGGUGUGGUAUAACGGACAGUAUUUUGACAGCGUGGAUGAGCUUGUGGAGAAGUAUGAGAAGGGCACGAUCAACAAACACAAGCUGCCCGUGCACGAUGAGGAAGAUCUGUUUUCCACUUACAUCCCUCGAGGACACAUGAACACGCGGACGAAUGUUCACGGAGCGAAGCUCGUGGAACCUCAAGGCCGCAGAUUUCAGGUGGAUGGGAACUUUGUGGAGUAUGCUGGUUGGUCUUUUGCGUACAGAGUGCGCUCUUCGGCCGGAUUGCAGAUAUUUGAUUUACGCUUCAACUGAGAGAGAAUCGCUUAUGAAGUUGCUCUGCAGGAAGCCAUUGCAUUUUACUCCGGAGAUACGCCAGCCGCCAUGCAGACCAAAUACAUCGAUUCUGGGUGGGCGAUGGGGACGUCAGAUUACGAGCUGGCUCCAGGGAUCGACUGCCCUGAAAUUGCUCAAUUUGUGGAUCUUUAUCAUUACUAUGACACAGACAAACCUGUACGAUACAGAAACGCUCUGUGCAUCUUUGAAAUGACCACAGGUCUUCCUCUGAGGAGACACUUUAAUAGCAACUUCCAAGGGGGAUACAAUUUUUUCGGAGGUCUUGAAAACCACGUUAUGGUCAUCAGAACUACAUCUACUGUGUACAACUACGACUACAUCUGGGAUUUUAUCUUUUAUCAGAAUGGUGUCAUGGAGUCCAGGGUGAGCGCCACUGGGUACAUCCAUGCUACGUUCUUCACGGAGAACGGAUUGAACUACGGAACCAAGCUUUACAACUACGUACUUGGCAACUUGCACACACACCUAAUUAAUUACAAAGUGGAUCUUGACAUCGCAGGGAAAGACAACAGCUUUGAGUCUAUCGAGCUGAAAUAUGUCAACUUUACUAACCCCUGGAGCCCAGAACACAGCAUCGUUCAGUCGAAACUUCACCGGACGCAGCACCAAACAGAACGCAGUGCUGCUUUCCGCUUUGGAAAGAAGUUUCCCAAAUAUCUGCACUUCUACAAUCCAAACCAGAACAACAAGUGGGGACAUAAGAAGGGUUAUCGGAUCCAGUUUAACUCUCACGCCAACAGUGUUUUGCCACUUGGCUGGAGUGAGGAAAAUGGUAUUUCUUGGUCGAGGUGAAUAGUAACAAUUUAUUUUCAAGAUGAGAUCUAACUUGAGUUUUGCAUGUUGAAUGUGUCUGUAUAACUUUGUUUUUUGGUUUGUGACUACAGAUACCCGUUAGCUGUAACCAGACAUAAGGACAAUGAGGUCACCAGCAGCAGCAUGUACACACAGAACGACCCCUGGGAACCCGUCGUGUCUUUUGAGGACUUCAUUCGCAACAAUGAGAAUAUUGUGAACCAGGAUUUGGUUGCCUGGGUAACGGUGGGAUUUCUUCACAUUCCUCACUCGGAGGACAUUCCCAACACAGCAACUCCAGGAAAUGCAGUGGGAUUCUUCCUGCGUCCAUUCAACUUCUUUGACGAAGACCCUUCGCUCGCGUCCCGAAGCACCGUCAUUGUCCGGCCGGAUGAAAAUGGUCAGCCGAAGGUUCAGAGAUGGACUCCAGAGGUCAUAGGUCACUGUGUCUCUGACAAGCCUUUCUUCUACAACGGUACAUACGCUGGUGUGUAAACAGACUUGAUUUAUUUAAUUUUGUGUUUGUGCUGUAUAUAACAUUUAAAGAAAGCUCAAAAUUUAUGACAUAAAUGUUAAUGGAAAUGCUAUAUUUACGUCUAUAAUGCAGUGCACUUGUGACAUCAUCACCUGGGAAGCAAAACUAUAGAACAUAAAAAACAGCAACAAUCUGGAUUUUUCAACCUAAAUAUGAUCGUUAUGACAAAUAAUAAAAAAAAUGUUUUUGAGCCUGUUGAUCAGUUAAUAAA